GGUAAACAUCUUCUUGCUAACUACAUCUUCAGAACUCUUCCAUCACAUCACUUUCCGUGUGCAAUCAUAAAUAUUUCAAAAAAUGGCACCUACAACCAGCCCUGAAGUUGGGUCACGAAAUUCGUCGGCUUCAACCUGCACCAUUUGCAAUCUACCAGCAAAAGACUGUGCACUCUGUAAAGCCGCAGCCUAUUGCUCAUCUACAUGUCAAACCCUAGAUUGGCCCCUUCACAAAACCCUUUGCAAAAAGAUCACCACAAUGCCUCCACGUCCAAGUCCCAUUCAUAAACUUGGCAUUCUCUUUCCUCCCAACAGCAUGUCCCCAAGACUAGUUUGGGUAAACUUUGAGAGAACCAAAAUUCCUGACGUCGAAGGGCUUUUCGAUGCGCCGUACGUCGAUGACUUGCUCUCUUAUGGCCCGGGAGAUCGAUGGCAUUACGAACAACUUUUGAUCGAGCCGCAAAAUAUUGAGCGAGCACGAAACAUUAGCCACACGCUAGCUUUCUACAUGCGGGAUGACUUUGGAUCUGAUGGGUCAAAGAUGACGCAGUCUGUUAAUUCCAUCACGGCUGUAAAGAUGAAGCAUGAUUGGAAAGGACCUCUGUUUGUUGUUGCUUUUGAAGGGGAAUGUGUUCCUCAAAAAAUGGCGUUAAAGGUGGGAAACAUGUCUAUUAGCGCACUAGGGGGUGUUGCUUUUCGGAGAGGCAUGUCACUUUGAGAGACUUGAGAAUAGUUCAUGACUAUUUCUUGGCUUAUCCAUAUUGGGCGGCGCCUGGCCUCACAUUCAAGGAUCAGCAUGGAAAGAGCAUAAUAUGAUUAUUACAGAUGA